AUGAGCUUCAAGGUUGUGUCGUCUGCACGCAAGAGUACGGCCAGGUCAAACGGGCGUGUGGCCCCCACCAUGUUAGCCGACACAGACACCAUGGACAGCAUUUCCGACAUUCGGCGAGGCAAGUUGACGUGGGAGAUUUUGUACAAGUCGUCCAGCACGUUCGACCCCGACUCGAGCAAGGUUCAGAUGUGGCAUACGUUCUUGCUAGCCCUGGUAUUGUACGACGCGUGGCUCGUGCCCCUGCUAGUGUCGUUUAGUCAGCUCAACCCAGCUAUUUGCCGCAAGACAUGGCUUCAAAUGCUUGCGACGGCCGGUGAAGUGUUCUUUGUGGUCGACGUCUACGUACAUAUGCAUUCGCGGUUUUAUCUGUUUGGGGACCCUAUUCGGGAUGUCAAGUUCAUAAGGCGGUACUAUUUGAUGUCGUGGGGAUUUCCACUCGACUUACUUGCACUGGUUCCGAUCAAUACGAUCAUUCCGGCACUGGCAUCCACCCAACCGUGUGGACUUGGCCUACUCAACAAGCUGCUUCGGCUCCGUAAAGUGCCUGCGUACACGUUGACCUUUGACAAGGUAUUUGCGCGCUACUACAAACUGUGCAAAGUCGUCAAAGCUGUGGUGGUCGUGUACUUUUCGUGCCACGUCAUGGCUUGUGUUUAUGCCUCGUUUGGCAAAUUGGUCGAUCCAUCCAAAGACGAAGACGCGUGGAAAAUGCACGACUUUUCAACCGACGACCAACACACUUCACAGCUCUUGACAGAGUAUCUGGCUGCCCUCUUUUGGUCCCUUGGGCUCGUGUCCAAGUGUGUCGAAGGCCAAGUGCCGCGAACGUUGAUGCAAACGCUGUUUAUGCUGGCAGUCAUGAUCUCCGGGUUUCUCCUCUUUGUGUACAUUUGCGGCACGUUGUUUAUGAUUUCCAAGUGCGACGCCAACAGCACCCAAGAAUUCGAUGCCAAGCGCAAUCAACUGCGGUACAUCUUGUCGUACCACCAAGUCCCUAUGGACAUUCAAUCGCGAGCGGUCGAGUAUUUCGAGGUACAUAGUGUUGACAGCGGCGAAGUCAACGACCGUCACACGAUGCAGCUAUUGUGUCCGUCCAUUGCCAAAGACAUCAAGUACGCCGCACUCAAGGACAUGGUCACAGGCGUGCCUUUCUUUAAAUAUUGCCGCGCCGCGUUCAUUCGUGCCCUGAUCGACUUGAUGGAAACGCAGUCAGUGCCGACCAACUACAUCGUAUGCCGAAAGGACGAGGAAGGCGAAGACAUGUACUUUGUACAGUCGGGUGUUCUGGUCAUUCUCGUCGAUGACAUCAAGCUGCGAGAGCUUCGAAGCGGUCAUUACUUUGGCGAACAGGCCAUUUUCAUGAACCAAAUUAGAAGUGCCGACGUUGUAGCGACGACAUUUUGCAUCCUCCAGCGGCUAUCGCGGGCUCGCGUGCGCAUGGUCAUGCAGGGAUACCCUGAGUGUGAAAGCCAAAUCCUAAGCUGUGUGUCGUCCAUUGCCGACGAACAGCGCAAGAACAGCAGCAAACUCAUCCAACAGCGAAGCCUGACAAAGUCCACCGGAGCAGCGGUGUUCCAUAUCGACGAACACUCGAGCCCGACGGAAGGGUCGACGAAGCAACAAGCCACGCAACGGCGCAUGAGCAAGCGCUUCGUGGGACCCCUGGGGGAGUUUGCAGAUGGGCAAAGUGAACAAGUUGGUGGAAAGAGCCCGACGAUCAAAUUCGUCUUGCACCGAUGUCUUUUGAAGACUGCCAUAUCUCGCAAGUCGACGCUGCGGCUUGUGUGGUUGCUUUGUGUCAUGGCUACGACGGGGUACAACGUCGUGGUGGUGCCAUUUGUGAAUGCGUUUGAGUUGGUGGGAUACCCCGUGUCCGUUUUCGUGCUGAACACGAUAGCUGAUGCCAUUCUGUGGCUGGAUAUAUAUGGCAAGUUCAACUUAACCUACGUCCACGAAGCCGAGCACGUCGAGGAUACGGUCAAGUGUGCCCAGCACUACUACCAAACAACGUUUCUGUUGGACUUGGCGUCGACGAUCCCUCUUUGGGUUGUCCGUCCAUCGCUUCACGUCCAAUUUCGAGUCUUCCGUUUGCUGCGGGUCCUCCGCUUGAAUGAUGAGCUCGACGAAGUGAGUCUGUUUGUCCGCAUCGACAGUCGGAAGCGCAUUGUUCUUCUUGGCAUGGGGUUGCUGAUGUGCUAUCACAUUGCUGGGUGCAUGGCGCACGCAUUAACGCUAUCUCUGGGCUACGGCAUCAGCCAACACGGCUGGCUCCCCCCCAAAACCAUUGAGCUCCAAAAGAUUAUUUCCAACAAUACGGGCGACUUGCUCGGGUACACGUACAUGGACGGAGCCCAAUUUGUGCCGUUGGAGGACCCCCUUGUGAAUGAAUUCAUCCUGCGGCAGUAUACUCGUGCGCUUCAGUACGGCUCCGUGUGUUUAACAGACCUCGGACGCGUGUUGGAACCAGAGACGCUCGAGGAAUUCGCCUUGGCCCUGGGUCUAAUGCUAUGUGGCUUGCUGCUCAUCUCGUUGCUCAUCGAUGACGUGCAAAAGUGCGUGACGGCGUCGGCCGUGGAGCAGAUGCAGUUUUUGACGCUGCGGUCCCAGAUGAUGCAUUUCUUCCGAAAGGAAAAGCUCCCGCAACAGGUUCGAAGCCGCGUGUCGGCGUACUUGGACUUUUGGUGGAGCGCCCACCGAGGGGCCAACAUCAACGAGUUGUUGGGGGAACUGCCCAACACGAUCCGGCGCGACAUUUACGGAUUCGUGUGUGCGCCUGUCCUCGACGUGAUCGAGCUCAUGGACGGCAUGGGCCCCCAUUUCGAACGAGUUUGUGAUAUGUUUCUCGACAACAUCGUCGUCAACUUGUACGCCCAAGGCGAGUUAGUGUACAACCAAGGUGAGUACGCCGACUCGCUGCUCGUGCUGUUGGCGGGCGACGUCAUGUUAUCACCCACAUUGACGGGGCUGCCGCAACGAUACGUCAGGCCAGGCGAGAUAUUUGGCUGCUCGAGUCUUGUCCUGGACGGCGCGUGCAAUGUGCACACGGACAACGCCGUGGCUCGAGACGCUAGUGUAGUCGCGCGUGUGAGUCAAGACACGUUGGCUGCGAUCACGGACGAAUAUCCGACGUUUUGUCAUGGCUUGUUGAAAAAGGAGUACAAGCUUCUGGCUGAGCACAGAGCCAUGGCGCGAUUGCUGGAUCAGUCCGAGUUGGCUGCCAUGUCCCAGAACGGACAGCAUGGCGUCGUGGACCCCAACUCAACUUUCAUGAUGCUGUGGGAAACGCUGCACGUUGCAGUCCUGGCAAUGCAAGUCGUGGGGGUUCCAUAUUUCUUUGCGUUUGGGUUCGCAAUCGUUGGAGUGCAAGGGCGCAACUUCUACGCAGUUGCCAUCGAAGUGUUUUUCCUCAUGGAUAUCGUGCUGAAGACGCGCACUGGGUACUACUCGUUUGGCAACAAGGUGACAGACUUGAAAAAGAUACGAAGCCAUUACCACCACUCGGUCACAUUUGUGUUGGACGUGGUGGCCAUCUUGCCGUUGGAUUGCAUCAAUGUGUACUUGCCUCAUCAAUCCGAAGUGUGGAACCUCAACAAAUUGGUGCGUCUACUCAAGUUGCCGGCGCUAAUCGAAAAGGUGGAGGCGUACUUUUUUGCCAUCAACAUUCACAUCCGCGUGCUCAAGUUGGUGUUUUUCGUCUACUUGCUCGCGCAUUACAUUGGCUGUGCGUGGUACGGGUGUGCGAGCUUUCCGUUGACAAUAUGGGGUCAAGGAGACGACUGUCGAUUCGGAAACGAUACGUGGCUACCAAGCAAAGAUAAGCACUUGACCAACAACGGCAUGUCCCUGACGUUCAAGUACACGAGGGCGUUGUAUUGGGGACUGGGGGUGUUGCUCGGGUUCAACAAGGGGGAAUACCCUGCCACGCCCUUUGAAUGCGUCUUUACGAUGGUCGUACAAACGGCGGGCGUGUUUUUGCUGGCGUAUGUCGUGGGCAAUCUCCUCGACAUUGCCCUAGUCAUGGACGGCAACAACCAACUGUUUUACAGCAACUUGAUUUACGUGCGCAAACUCACGACUUACUUUGACUUUACCGACGACGUCAAGACCAAGAUCCAGCACUUUUACUUUUACCGGUUGUUCCACAGCAUCCACGAAGAGCACGUGCUGACCCACAGUUUGCCGCCCAACCUUGUCGGCGACAUUCGGCUGUUCCUAUUGACCCCCAUGCUGAAAAAGGUGCCGUUCUUUCAGGACGAAAUGGACAACUCAAACGUCGCCCGCUCCCUUGUCCGGCACUUGACGCAGGUUCUGGUGACGCGGCACGAAGUUGUGUGCCACCAGUACGACGUCGGCAUCGACAUGUACUUUGUGUUUGUUGGGUGCUUGAAUGUGUACGUGUCUCACACGGACCGAGACACAGUGUCGGUGCACAACUCGCUCACGUACGAGUCGUCGCACAUGGGCAACAAGGUGGCCGAGCUGCACACGGGGUCUUUCUUUGGAGAGCGGUCGCUGUUUUCCGACCAGCCCCGCAUGGCAACAAUCCAAGCCAAUACAUUCUGCACACUAUUCAAACUCUCCCGCACUCACAUGGAGUCUGUGUUCGUCCAGUACCCGGAAUGGAAAGUCAAGGUGAUUCAAGUCGUCGAAGAGAUCUACAACAUCCGACAACACAAAAACAACCAGCGCAUGGGACCAUCUGUCGUGGAGCCGCCAUCGUCCGAGCAGGCGCCCACUACCAACACUUCCUCCUCGCCCGCGAGUUCAACCCCCGUCGAGUGCAGCAAAGUAAACAGUUUCGUCCUACGCGUCGUCAGCACUGGCAGGCACUUAGCAGAGUCGGUGGUCUUGUGGCUACGUAACACCAAGUCGAUGGUCACAGCCAUCGAAGUUCAGUCGCCAUUCUACCGCGCCUACUUGCAGUUGGUUCGAUGCACGUUGUUGUAUGUGGCCAUGCGGGAGCCCUACGUCGUUACCUUUGGAGCGGCUGCGGGUCCGAGCGCAGGCGCCGCUGUGGUUAUGGGGCUGGACGUUGCAGCGACGAUCGUGUUUGUGUUUGACAUGUGGUUCAAGUAUCACAUCAUCGAGAAGCCCGCGUCGUUUGAGUUUUACGACCGCAUUCCCCACCCCACCCGCGUCGGCCUCGCACUGGACAUUCUGGUCGUGCUGCCACUGGAUUCUGCGCUCGCGACCUUUGGGGGCGGUGGCGUCCCCUGGCGUCUGGUUCGAAUGAUCAAAUUAAGGCAACUCAACCACGUGUUUCGAGAGCUGCAGCGAUUCAGCAUGUCCCACGAACUGAACCGCAUCAAGCUGCUGGCGUUGUACUAUUGCAUCGUUUGCUACUGGACCGCGUGUGCGUACUUUGGGAUGGCGUCGAUUCUGGGGUUUAGUUCAGUGUGGGAGUCGUCGCUUCCUGUGGCGUACUUUGCGGUACGCCCUUCGUCUGCCAGGUUUGACAUGUUGUUUUUAAUGCAUCGGUUCGCUCGGUGCUUGUACUAUGCGGUCAACAUGUACACGGGGGUGGGGAUGGUGUACGAGCCGUCGGCGCCGUUGCAGUAUGCGUUCAAUCUCAUCAUGCACGUGGUGGGGAUCUUUGUCAUGGGGUAUGUAAUUGGGGAAGGCUCGACACUGUGCAUAUACCUGAUUCAAAACGAAGUCGACUUCAAGAUCAACCAGAUGAACGUCAUGGACUAUUUGGCUCGGAAAAACAAGAGCGUGGUCGACACCCACCUCCACGCCCGCAUCCACAACUACCUGUCGUACUGGUGGUCGUUUCAAGAUGGCGUCAACUACCAAGCGAUCCUGGAGCAGCUCCCACUGCGCAUCCGAGGACAGGCCAUAUUUGAAAUCUCGCGCCGAAGUCUAUCGCGUUUUUCCGUGCGGUACAUUCGUCCGUUAGUCCACCAACGAGGCAUCGACCCCAUCAUCCACAAACUGGUGCGACGCUUGACGUUUCAAGGGUACCCCGCGGGCGAGUCGGUGAUUAUCCAGGGCAACAUUGGUCACACCAUGUACUUUGUGUCGAGUGGCACAGUCAUGACGGUGUCGACCUUGCCCAACUUUAUGCCAUCUCGGUUCGAAGAAGGACAGUUCUUUGGCGACGAAGGCCUCAUGGCGUCCACCGUCCGCCACUAUUCGGCCGUGACGCUCCGCGCGUGCGACUUGCUGGCGCUGACGGCCGAUGAUUUUUUAAACACGAUGAACGAAACGCUGCAAACAAAAGAGGGGUGCCGCGUCGCGAGGGGUGUUGCAACGUACCAGAAGAGCUUCAAGUACCGGUUGGCGUACGACAAGGGGUCCCUCGGUCAAAUGAUCUGCAACUGCAUGAUGGACAUGGCGUCGACGUUGCGAACGCUCAGCCCCAUGACCCCGGACGUGGCGGAAAUCAUGUUGGGCCAUUUCACCAAGCUGUUUCUUCCGCCGCAUGUUCACCAAUUGGGGGGGUACGCGCUAGACUCGAUUUCCAUGUGCCAGCAUUGCGAAGCCACGUUAUCGCAUAUUUAUUGCAAGCAAUGUCGCCAAGUGUUGUGUAACAAGUGUUCUUCACUCAUGCACGACAAUACCCACUUGUCGUUCCAUUUACCCAGCAUCAUGCACCUCAAAACACCAAAUGAACCACCUCCAGAGGACCCGAAAACCCCGCGUUUGCGUGAGUUUGUCUUGUCAGUGCUGCCGCGUCGUCGAAACAACACCGUGUCUGCUCCGCCACACGCGUCGUCCAUGACUGGAUUGGGCAUGAGCUCGUCUUUCCACAGCGUCGCCCGUCCUUCGACGUCCAAGCCGCUGCAAACCCAGCGAGAAAACGACACGGGACCGUCGUCCCCACUAGAGAAGCGUUCGGGCCAUGUCAUGCGAUUGCCUAGACGCGACCGAGAGGGGGGGUCGAUUCAAUGCGAUUCAAAUACGGUCGAACCUCACGCCCGGCAACUUGUGAAGUUGUCUCAUACGAAAUCGGAGGCCGCACUCGAUUGCACCGAGCGGUGGCGCGCGCCGGACCCAGUGCGGGGAGGCCAGCACAAUACAACCAUGGACACCAUCAACCACCAGCGCAAACGACACAAACCGGUACAAACAGGCAUGAAGUCUAGUCAAAGCACACCCAAGAUCAUUCGUGUUGUUCAAGCCGCACAAGGCACAUCAACCAACCCACCAGUCGUUAGUGACGCUGGAACCAUGGCCCAGACACCGACAACCACAUCGACGACCAACUAA